GUACCCCAGGAUGAGUGGGCGGGCUACCCUGGGGGUGGGAAGGACGACGAGAUUCCUUGUCGUCGGAUGCGGAGCAGCAGCUACGUUAAAGCCAUGGGGGACGAGGAGAGCGGAGAGUCGGACUCCAGCCCCAAGACCUCGCCUCAGAAGUCGGUGCGACCAGACGCCCUCAUCAAGGCCAUCAUCAGACCCAAGGACCUGCUGGACUCUCAGAGCUCUUACCGUCUGGAUAAAAUCAACAGUGACAUGCAUAACUACAUCACCAAUUUUGCUGCAGACUUAAGUCAGAGCUACCACUUGCAGGCCACCAGGGAAAUGCAUCCCAGCCUUGCACUGAAUCCUUCAACCAAUUACAACUCCCCCAAGUUUCGCUCCAGGAACCAGAGCUACAUGCGAGCCAUCAGCACRCUCAGUCAGGCCAGCUGUGUGAGUCAGGUGAGCCAGGUGAGUGAAACAGAGGUGAACGGCCAGUUUGAGUCUGUUUGUGAGUCUGUCUUCAGUGAGGUGGAAUCCCAGGCCAUGGACGCCUUGGACCUGCCUGGCUGUUUCAGAACCCGCAGCCACAGUUACUUGCGAGCCAUCCAAGCUGGCUACUCCCAGGAUGAUGACUGCAUCCCCCCCAUGGCGUCCACGGUCACCUCCACUAUCAGGUCAACUACAGACAGAAAUUWUGUGCAGGAUGAAACUUGUUUACAAGACCAGGACAGUAUUCAUGAGGAUCUGCCAGAUUCUGCCCCACUGACACAUGACGACCUCGGCUGCCCCAUCAGAAGAGACAGACUUUACCACCACAAGCCUGAGGGGGCAACAGCAAAGCCCGUGUCCGGACCACCUGUUUCUCCAAGCCUCUUCAGAUCUCCCAGAUCUAGCGCCCCAGAACGACCAUCACCAAAAGACAUCCAGGCCAGCAUCAAAGAGUCAGCCACACUGGCUGCCGCUAUUAGCAUGCAGUGGAAGGAAGAGGUCUCUGCCAUGCGUCGAGAGUUAGCCGAGCUCAGGAGGGACCUCUGUAAAGAACUUCGUGCUUUCAACACUAAUUUCAACACUUUCACGCAGCAUUACAACACGUGGUCCCCCCAAGGUGGAAGCAUGGUGGCAGGAUCGGGUGCAAGCUUAGGCAAAGUGGCCGGGACUGGUUCAGGGACAGGAGCAAAGGUUGGGGCAAACCAAGAGAUGGGAGGAACCUCUGCAACAGAUAAAGACACUGGGGGAGCGAGAGAGAAAACAGCCCAUGUAGCCAAAGUUUCAGUGGGAAUUCAGGCAAAAAGCAAAGUGUUAGUCAGGCAAAGCACUGCAGAUGCUGCUGUUAACUGUCCUGAAGAGAAGGAUGAAAAGAAAAAUGCUCGUCGAAGUUUGCCAAAACAGCUUUCAAUGGACCCAAGCAUCCUUGCAAGUCCACAGUCAAUGUAUGUAGAAAGUGCCAUUCCACUAUCUUUGGGCCCAAUAGUUAUUGGUUCUACAAAAACAGACUCAACUGUUGCACCCUCCACAUCUAAACCAAACCCAGAUCCAGUGAUGGCAGUCCAAAAUAUUGCAACGUCAUCGGAUCCUGUCACAAAUGAGCGACUAAUAACUCAAGAUACCAUGCCUCUAUUAUCAGGAACUGCUCACAAAAGUACACAAGAUUCAUCAACAAUGAAACAAGAAGUUAUUACAACCUCACAACUAAUAGAUGUAGUCCCAACUAGUGAGUGCCGUUCACACACUGAACUAUCACAAUAUGAUAACACAAAAUCCCAAAACUUGGAACAAAUUGAACGAGAUAAGAUAAAGCUACCAUAUCCAGUCCCUACUGUUACUGUGUCACCACCAGAGGAGCAUGAGAGUGACAUAGUCUCAGAUCCAGAAUCUGUAGAUCUUGUCACAGAUGAUAAGCCACAACCUGUCUCCCAUGACCCUCCUACCAUGGUUUUGCCUUGUUCAGCAUCAGCAGGUUCAGAUCCCUCAGAUUCGCCAGAGAUAGAAACAAAAGCAGCAAAUAUACCAAAAGAAGACCCACCAUCAGUUUGUGAUGCUGUUACACCACGUGAYUUACAGACUGAGAUCAAAUGCCCAUCUAUUGUUGUGUCAGAGUACUUUGAUACAGACUCACCUUUAAGUCCAACUGAAACAAAUCUAGACCCAGUUAUUUCUGUUCCUGAUUAUCCUUCUGAGCCUCCUCCAGAACAAAUCAUAUCUGUCUCAACCUUUGCUUCCAGUUCAGUGGAAUCUCAGGUAAACAUUGAACCAGAGUCUCAAGACUCAGAAUGGCCACCGCUCCCCGAUCCGCUGGAAGCCACCCGCAUAUUCCAUGCCGAUCUGGUCCACUUUGACUUGGUCAUGCUGACUUCCCUGGAUCAAGAUGACCUUGACUCAGUUUUCAUGGACCCUGAACCAGAGCCUUUUAACUUGAGUWCAGACUCUUCCUUCAAUGCUGAGGAUUUAGAACCGCCUGCAUACCAAUUUGAUUCUCAAAGUUCCCCAGUACCAUCUGAUGAACUUGAUACAAAAUGCUUCAUGGAUCCGUCAGCAGAGAUAGACUGUUUGGAAGAUCCAUCAGAUCACAUGACUCAGGAUGUAGCCUCCGAAUCACAGGACGUCCUAUUUCCACAGGUCGUUGUCACAAUAUCCCCUCCUAGCUCAGUAUCUCCUGACACAUCACUGGAAAUUGACUUUGGUCCUACAAGCCCAGGCCCAGAAUUGUCUCUGUCUGAUACAGAACCAUCAUCACCAGAUCUCCAAGAACUUAUGCAGCCGAAUGAUGUUAUGUCAGAGACGCUGGAGUGCGUGGCUGUAUCUCUGGAGGCUGUUAGUACUGUAGAAGAGGAGACCUUGAGCAGUUCAGGAAGAUCCUCAGUCGAGCAGACGUUUCUGUGGCGCAGGUGGCAGAGGAGAAGCAACAGGCGCCACUCGGUGCGAAGGAGUGCCAGUGUGGAACUGUGGAGCAGCCGAUACGAAUACAACAGUUCAGAAAUCACAUAUGUGUCUCUCACUCUGUGAGCCCAUACCUCACUCUCAGCAAAGAAAAUGUAGCUUAAAACACAUUUGUAGCUCGUGGUUUGUUGAUGAUGGCACUUUGAAGACUGACACAGAGACCUAUAAACCCUAAUCCCUGGCAUUCAAGUAACAUUUCUCUAUACUAAUAAUCCAUGAAUAAAGACUGCACUGGGAGCAGUAAAAAUCUAAGGAUUACAGGAUACUGCAAAAAUAUGAUUAAGCUUCUGUGGUGACAAAAAUACUGAAUACUUUUGAAUUUUUUUUCUAAAAUCUGGAUGAACCUUAGUUGAGCAGUUGCCUCUGUUGUGAAUCAUUGUUACGACCCGGCUCAAGAGCCAUAACAUAUGGGAAGACACGACACGGUGGAAUCAGUUUAAAACCUUAAAAGGUAUUUAUUAAAGUCUUUGUCUAGGAUUAGGUGAGUUUGUUGGCCCGGUUUGGAGCUCCGUAGCUCCCGAAUGCACCGGACAUCUCUCACCAAGCUGGACCCUCUGAAGUCUGUGGUCCAGGUUUACGUUCCACCUGUUAUGCGGAAGUCUGUGGUCUG